CUCCAAAUACGACUUCACGCUCCCGCCGCUGCAAGGCCACAGUCUCGAUGAGCACUUCCACACCAUCGGCGCGAGCGCGGCACAGCCCUGGCUCUCGCUCGCGCAGGAUCUUGCGGGCGUCGAGCUUUCCCCCGCGACCCGACCACUGGAACGUCCAGGCGGGAUGGACGCGGUACCUCUACCACCCGGACGGUUCGAGUUCAUACGAGCACGCCGAGUACCCUGACUUCAACGGCCAGGCGGAGGAGAUGCUCAUGUUCGACGUGGAGGCGCUCCCGGCGUACAGCCCGUAUGCCGUCAUGGCU